AAGAAAUGUCUGUGACAGUGUCGACGGACCUGUCAGUGACAACUGCGCCAUGUCGGGUGGAGGAAAAAUUGAACGAUAAACGAAAUGCCUUGCUGGAAAGCUUACGGAAAGGGGAGCCCAAAAUAUUUGGGGUCUCACAGAUAGCACUAGGAUUGCUGAUCAUCUCCUACUCUAUGCCUCUUCUCAUGACUGAGUCCUCACUAAUAAUUAAUAUUGGUGUGCCAUGGUGGAGUGGCCUUAUGUUUGUCUUUUCAGGUGCAACUGCAAUUGCAGUGGAAAAGAAUGCCAGGUCAAGGACGCUCACUGUUUGCUUGACUGUCUCCAUCGUGGCCAUAAUCGUCUCACUCAUUGCGCUUGCCCUGUACUACAUUGACAUCGGACUCAACCUCUCCAGCAAUUUCAGCACUGCCGUAAAGAAUGCCAUCUCAAUUCUUAUUAUGGUCCAGACAGCAGUGUCCUCUGCUUUCACAGCUAUUCUGUAUAAAGUAAAAAAUAACACCUUUGGUUAUAUGGGAAUUAAUGAAUGACAACUUAAGCUUUAUCCCCAAGAGAGACUUAAAUUACCUAAAGACAUAUUUCACUUAUGUAUAUACUUAUGUAAAAUUACCUGUGCUUACUAAUAAAAUUACUGCAGACUGUUGUACCUACAAAGCAAAGUACUAUGCAAUGCACAUGAAUGUUUUAUUGUCCCCUGCGGUGAAAAGUUUUUGAUGUUGUUUUUAUGUUCUGUUUUUUAUAUGGUUUAAGAUAAACCAUGUGCAAAUUCAUCUUUAUUUUCUUGUCUUAAAGACGGUUUAAAAAAUAUAUAUUUAAGGAUGUAUCAAUAUCAACAUAAAGAAUACAUUUGUUACAUCAUUAUAAUUACAUUUUACAUUGUGUCCUUUGGAGGUUUUUUUUGUACCUUAUAACGUCGGCUAUAGACUGCAUAUCGAUUAACUCCACUACAUUUGUCAAAAUUGCCACAAAAGAGAUACAUGAUGUAUCUCUGGUGUCAAAACAUUCACGUAUUGGUCUGCUUAAAAGUUUGCUUAAAUGUCAAUCAUUUUUGAAUGUGGAAUCAUUUUCUGUGAAUACUGCUCAUUAAAUGAAAAUGUUAUCUACCCUCUCUCUAUAAGUGAUAUAAUAAAGGGUCUUACUGACAAUGCA